AAGAAAAGGCGCGGUUGAGAGGCCGAAGGGCGUCUGCGCGCGCUAUUUCGAGAAGCGUCUGAAGUUCGAAAGGUGGAGCGAGAGAGAACACGCAACAGUGGAGGCGAAACACCCGAAUGAGAUCGAUAUACCGACCUACUGAUCUGUCAGAAGCUUCCUCAUCUGCUUUGAUCGUCGAAUUCGAGGAAGAAAAAUGGCGAUAGAUUCAACGAGGAGAGAAGAAGUGUCUUUGUCCCUCGUUGAUGGCGGCGACGAGAGCCUCGCCUUCUACUUCUCCCGACUCAGGCUCCUCUGCUCCGAAGUUAUCGGCCUUGUCCAGAGUCCCAAAAGGGGCGGCGAGCCCCUCGUCGCCCUUGCUGAGUUCGUCCGCACGUCGCCGGUGGCUCACCUGCAAUCUUGCUUCGAUUACAUCUUGGUCCCUUUACUGCUGCUUCUUGAUGGUGCCAUAUUUUGCCGAAAAGAAGUACCUGGUCUAGAAGAAAAGCAAUCACCGGUGAACAAUGUCCCCCAUACGAUCAGUGACAAUGUUGCUGAAAGCCUGUUGCUUUGCCUGCAGGAACUGCUUAAAAGAUGCCACUUGAGCUGCAUAGACCAGAUGGUGAUGGUGCUGAAAAAGCUGGCAUCUGGUGCUAUGCUUUCACCAAUUGAGACUGCAGAGGAAUUUCGCUGGGGAAUAGUCAAGUGUUUGCAAGCACUGCUCUUUCGUCUCUCUCCUUGUUCCAUUGCGUCUUGCAGCUGCAAGUUGGCUCCAGGGUUGCCUUUCCUCUCCUCAAAGAUCAGCUUGGAAGUACAGGAUGAAUGUUCCUUCUCUCAACCUGUAGAAUGCUUGAUUUCAUUUCUUCAAUCACAAGAUGCUUCUGCUAUAGUUGGGCAUUGGCUGUCGCUUCUUCUUCAACUUGCAGAGACUGAAGCAUCAAGAGGACAUCAUGGAAGUGCAGAACUUCGUAGUGAAGCUCUUACCCUUCGAGUGCUCAUUGCCAAGGUUGGAACAGCUGAUGGAUUAGCAUUUUUCCUACCAGGAGUUGUGAGCCGCUUUGCCAAAGUCCUGAACGUUUCUAAGACAAUGAUAAGUGGUGCUGCUGGAAGUACAGAAAGUAUAGCACAUGUUGUAUAUGGUUUGGGUGAACUUCUAGUUAUAACCUUUGGAGAUGAGGUGAAUCUCUGUGGUCUAGGCAUGUCCUUGGAAGACCUCAAGGGUUCUUGUAUAAAAAAGAAUCAAUCUGCUCAAUUGGUCCUGGAGACACUUCGUCUUUUGCCCACUGUAUCUGGAGAGACAGAUAUAAUAAACACAUCUGGGAGCAACUUUGCUAGUCCAAGUAUCCUGUUAAAAACUGAUAUGCAAGAGAAACGUACUGAUAAGUCUCUAUUUGUGGACCGCAACAAGGACUGGAUAGAUAAAACUUCUGAAUGUGUGGACAAACUUCUGUUUGCAACAUUUCCUCAUCUUUGUGUGAAUCCUGCAAAGAAGGUUAGAUUGGCACUUGUAAGUUGCAUAUACGGAUUACUCACAAACUGCAUCAACACCAUGAAAAAGAGCAAGUUGAUGCUUCUGGAGUGCUUGUAUGUUUUAGUUUGUGAUGAUUCUGCUGCUGUGGCAUCAACAGCCCAAGAGUACCUGGAAAUUUUAAUGUUGGACAACAAAUAUCUUGAAGAACAUGAGAUUGCCAAAACUCUUCAAAGUCUCAUCAGGCAACUCCCCAAAGUAGUGCUGGGAAGUGAAGAUACAGUUGCCCUGUCACAUGCUCAAAAAUUGCUUGCUGCUGUCUACUAUGCUGGUCCUCAGCGUGUGGUGGACCAUAUUCUUGGUUCACCGGUGACUACUGUUCAAUUUUUGGACUCUUUGUCUCUAUCGCUGAGCCAUAAUUCAGUAUAUGCUGGUUCUUUCGGGAAGCUCAUGCUCACAAAUCCUUCUCCAGCAGGAUAUUUGCAAUCAUUGGCUGAGUUGACUAAUAUCAGUCACUUAAAUUCUAGCCGUACCACACCAAAUAUUCUACCAAUAAUUUCAAAUAUUCCAUCUCCUCUUGGAACACGGAUUGGGAAUCCGGCAGAAAUGGUUUAUCCAGAGCAUGAACUUCCUCGCAUGCCUCCUUGGUUCAGCCGUUUUGGUGCUCAGAAGCUAUACAAGGCAGUUUCGGGGAUACUUAGACUCAUUUCUGUUUCUUUGAUUAUAGACUGCAGAGACGAGCUUGUCUUAUCCAGUCUUAUUGAAAUCCCUCUGGAGUAUCUGCGUAAAUUGAUCUUUGAGCUCCGGCAGAAGGACUACAAAAAGGAAAGUUGGCAUUCUUGGUAUGUGGGGACUGGUUCAGGUAGAUUGCUGCGCCAGGCGAGCACUGCAGUAUGUGUUAUAAAUGAGAUUAUGUAUGGUAUAUCUGGCCAGUCACUCAACCUGUACAUUGAUAUGUUUGAGAAGUCUGGAAGGAAAUUGGCUGGAGAACAGUGGCAUUUGAAGGGAGAAACUGCACAGAGCAUUGGGGCAGAGAGAAUGCCUGCUAAAUCUGCCGUUCAGCAGUCUGUUAAUUGGAUGUCUUCUAAAAGAGCUGAUGCAAAGAACCAGGCAAUUGAUUGUAUUGGGAAUAUUUUGCAUGAAUAUUUAUCUCAAGAAAUUUGGAGCCUUCCGGUGGAUCAAAGUUCCCUAAACAGAAAUGCUUGGGAAAAUUUGACUUCCUAUUUUUUCCAGGAUACUUCAAUGCUACAGCAGGUCAUAAUUGAUGGCUUGGGCGUAUUCAGUGUGUCUCUUGGGAAGGAUUUUAAAAGAAGUGGAUUUUUGCUGGAUUGCCUAUACCUCUUACUGGAGAACCUUAUCUGUUCAAAUGAUCAAAUAAAACGUGCUUCAGAUGCUGUCUUACAUACACUUUCAACUUCUUUGGGGCAUACAAAUGUGAGGGAUCUGGUCGUUGAAAAUGCAGACUACAUUGUUGAUUCUUUGUGCCGCCAGCUGAGACAUCUUGAUCUCAACCCUCAAGUUCCUAAUGUGAUUGCUGCUGUGCUUUCCUACAUUGGGAUGGCUCAUGAUAUAUUGCCAUUAUUGGAUGAGCCGUUGAGGUCUUUGUCAUCUGAGCUUGAGGUCUUGGGACGACAUCAGCACCCAGAGUUGACUAUCUCUUUGUUGAAGGCUUUGCGUGAAAUCACAAAGGCAUCAAAACAAGAAUCUGGUGUAAUUUCUGUUGAAAUUCAAGCUCAUAGUGCACUUGUGAGAGCUGAGAAACAAGAUGUCAAAAAGAAGAAAACAGAGCAGGCAGACAGUGGAGUGCUCUCGGACAACAGGAGUAUUUCUGAUAUAUCAGGUCGUUGGGAAGACAUGCUGUUCAAGCUCAAUGAGUUGAAAAAAUAUAGAAGAACUGUUGGAUCUGUUGCAGGGUCUUGCUUAGCUGCUGCAGGCCCUCUGCUUGCUUCAGUGGAAGAUGCAGCACGCCUUAUAGUCCUUGACAUAGUUGAGGAUGGAAUUGCAGCCCUUGAAGUGGUGGAAAAAUCUUAUAUGCAUGAAAAACAAGCGGAGGAGGAAAUUGGACAAGUAGUUCAAUUGUUCUCAUUGCAUGGUCUAAAAGACAUUCUAGAUGCUUCGAAUGAUGGGGUUGAUGAGAACAGAUUGCUUCCAGCAAUGAACAAGUUAUGGCCUUAUAUGGUUGUUUGCCUGAAACAUGGGAAGCCAGUGGCUGUUAAGAGAUGCUUGAGGACGGUGAGCAUUGUGGUGCAGGUAUGUGGCGGUGAUUUUUUCAUACGCCGUUUUCGCAGUGACGGGUCAUUCCUUUGGAAGCUGCUAACCCCUAAGACUGCUGAUAGUAGAAGAUCCUCAAAAACUGAAGGGCCAAUACUGCUUCCAUACAGAAAAUCAGAGUUUAGAUCCACUGAUGAGUCGACAGCGGAGGUUUCUAUCUUGAAGGUUCAAGAAGCAGCCCUCCACAUGAUUGCAGAUAUUGCCCAGGACAAAAGAAGUGCCUCUGCAUUAGAAGGCAUCCUCAAGAAGGUCAGUGGCCUCGUCGUGGGCAUUGCUUGUGGGGGCCCAGAUGCACUGCAAGAUGCUGCUGUGAGGGCCUUGUCUUCUCUUUCAUGUAUCGAUCCGGAUUUGAUAUGGGUUCUUUUAGCUGAUAUAGUGUAUUCGUCUGGUAAAGGUGUCCCUUCCCCACCUACCUCGGAUUUUCCUGAGGUCUCUCAACUGCUGCCUUUCCCGUCUUCACCGAAAGAGUAUUUAUGUAUGCAGUACUGUGGGGAGGAUAGCAGCUUCGACAUUCAACUUCUUAAGGCCGAAAAUGUCUUUGAGAAGCUAAACUCUGAGACCUUCCAAGCAAUGUGAAGUUAAAAAGUGAGUAAUAAAAGCAUGUCUUCUGUGAGUUAUGCGCCUGCUUUGCUGAUGGGUUUCUUUAACGUAUCCGCACAAACCUUUUUUGAUGGGAAUUGAUUAGAAAAUAGUUGAAGUACAUCAACAAAAUUGUUACCUUCGAAUCGAUUAUGUUGACGAAUAGAAGUUUGUCCUGGAAGGUAUCUCUUCCUUUUUGUUUAUGGAGGAAGCCACCGAGAUUUGUGGAUCUGAUGGAUUUGCUGGCCAAAGAGAUGCAGGUUCAUCAUGCUUUGCUUUGGUAGUGUGAAGCCGCGCCAUACCCUUACCAUGUCAAAAGACUUAUUUGGUUUUGA